GGAACCUGUAGAGGCUGUUGUUGCAAGUACAGCUUCGUUGGAGAUUGGCAUCAUAAACCGUUUCUUUGCGAAAAAUAAGAGCAACCUAGUUAGGACUGCACAAAAAGAUUUAGCUAAUGUUAACAUUAUCUGCUAGCAAGCAGAGCUAGCGUUACCUCCCCAGUUCUUUGGUUCUUUUACACUAACGUGAAUAUCAGUUGGUAGCUAGCCUGUCCUGAGGUAAAGUGAGUUAUGACGAGCAUCCAUCCAUUUGACGGAAGUUCCACAGAACCGUCCACUGGUUGCAGCUAUUAGCAGAGGUCGGCGGGGAUUCCAGGAGAGCCAUGGGGGUUGGGAAGCAGGAGGCGACCCGGGCCCGCGCCCCCAGCACUGCGCUCUCAGCCUGGCUCCUCUGAUGGAGCGUCCCAGCGGACGCCCUCUCAACUACGCCUGGCACGGAGGACGAGGAGAAGGAGAGGGAGUUUAGACGCCUCUCUUCUGCCCGAUCUGAGGAGGAGGUCAAUUACCGACGUAGCCACAGACUACCCCACUCUCUCUCUCUCUCUCUCUCUCUCUCUCUCUCUCUCUCCAAACGACACGGGAAGCUAACAGCUUGACCCUCACCGAACUCGCCUGAAGUGACAUCACCUUUUUUAGGCGAGCCACCCAUCAUCCUCCGCUCUCUCUCCUGAUCCGUCUGCACCUGUUACCUGUGGCUCCCACCAUUUGCUUUGGUGCUCCCGAGCGAGGGCGGACCAGACUGUCAGAACGCUAAGGGUGAGAAAAGAGAGGGGGAGAGAGAGAGGGGUGUGGGGGGGGAGAGACAAAGAGACGGUGCGCUCGCGCUUUGUGACUGACUGCUCGAGCACCAUGGCCAUCUGGAGAACAGCAGGGCAGAGUGUCGCACCACCAACACUGGGAAGCCAGUAGGAGGGGUCCAGCCCACCUAGCAGCAGCAGCAGCAGCAGCAGCAGCAGCAGCAGCAGCAGCCGCCGGCGCCAAGCUCCAACACCCAUGCCAUGGAAGGGGACAUCAUCUUGGCCGCACACACGGAGGGUUUGAAUGGGUUGCCUCAAGAUUGUAAGCAGACAGUGGAUCUAACCAAUGGACACUCCAAUCACAAACCUGAGAUGAAUGGAGUGGUUCCAGGUCAUGCCAUCAUUAAGGAGCACGCCAAUGGAAACUCCGUUCACAAACCAGUGCCAAUCUCUGCGCUGAAACAGAAUGGCCUGUUGCAGUCCCUGGCAGCAGGAGGUGAUCAGCCUAGGACAGAAGAGGUGAACUCGGAGGUGGAGAGGGCCAGGGAGGAAUGGGAUGCCCUUGAGAGCAUCCAGCCAGUUCUCCCCGAGGAGCUCGCUCCCUCCCCGCUCAUCUCCUUCAACGAAGCCCUGCAGCACUUCCAGACCACAGACCUUGCAGAUCUCCUGAAGAGCAUCCAGCCCACCAUUCGUAGGACGGGUCUGGCGGCCAUCACACACUUCCUGUUUGGUCCGCCCCGACUGCACAAGGAGCUGCUGGAGGAGAGGGACCUGGUGUUUGCCAUUGCACAGUGCUCAUUGGACAACGGGCAGCCUGUGCACAUGCGUGUGCUGCAGACCAUCUACAGGAAACUGACCGGCAACCGCAAUGACUGCCCACGCUUCGGACCCCACUGGGAGAACGUGGGUUUUCAGGGGACGGACCCGUCCACAGAUUUGCGAGGCACAGGCUUCCUGGGCCUUAUGCACACUCUUUACCUGGUCAUGGAUCCAGAAACACUACCUUUAGCACGAGACAUCUACAAGUUGUCCCAGCACCCAGUGCAGAACUUCCCCUUCAGCGUGAUGUCCAUCAACAUGACCCGCAUUGCCUUGCACGCGCUCAGAGAGGAGGUCCUAUCCAAGGAGUGUAACCGACGGCAGCAGGUUGUCGGGGUGAUCAACGACUUCUACGCGGCCACUUUCCUGCACUUGUUCCAGCUGUGGAAGAGCGAGCAGAAGACUAUCUCCGACUCGGGCUACGUGCUCAAAGAGGUCGAGAUCUUUGCCAAAAAGAACCCCAAACAGAUCCUGAGGCGCCUGGAGACUUUCCUGAAGGAGCGACGCACCAGGAUAGGGCACCGAGCCUCACCGGACAGCCUGUCUCACAGCAACCGCUCCCCCAGCGACAGGGGGUCCAGCCUGGGGACCCAGGGGACCAAAGAGGGCAAAGAGAUGAACUUCACUGGCGUGUGUGAGCUCCCGGCCGAGAUGGAGGGAGAAGCCCGGCUCAUCUGAGCGAAAGAGACUGAGAGUGUGAGAAAGAAAGGAUGAUUGGAAGAAUGUGACACAUUGUGAGGGGAAAGGGAUGGCAAACUUAUGGCAAACUUAUGUCACAAGUUGAGAUGAGUUUAUCUCUUCUCUCAAACGUUCUUUUCCUCUUUUUUUCACCCUCUCGCUCACCUUUUGCACACAACAGCGCACACUCGCAUACACGCACACACGCGCACGCACACACGCACACACACACACACACACACACACGCACGCACACACGCACGCAUGCACACACUCACACACAUGUACGUACACAUGUGUACACGCGCGCGCCUAGCCAGCAUUGCUGCACCUCCAUCUUUGAGAACUGUACCUCUUUCGCGGAGUAGACUUCAGGGUUCAGAAUUCACUACAGAUCUCUCUAUCUCUCUUCUCUCCCUUUGCCUAUUUCUAUAGUUUCUUACUAGAAGAACCCCUCGUACUGUAUAUGCUUGCACAGAGAAGCCGCCAAGGUGAAUAGUUGCCAAAUAUUUUUUUUUGUUUGUUUGUUUUUGUCCUUCCCCCUAGUUGGAGCUUGGUGCUGAGACUGUAGCAUUCUCACUGUCCGUAGGGUGGUUGGGUGAUAAGAUAAGGCUCAGGGAGAGUGACUGAGGUCGAUGAGGUUCAAGGUUUAUGAGGUUGUUUGCUUGUUUGCUUGUUUAUGAUGGACUGUGCACUGGCUGCACAGAGCCCUACUGUGAGGCUAGAAAGAGAGUCAUUAAGAAAGGAAGUAUCUGUGAGAAGUGCGAGGUACGGCAUUUUUAUAUUCAUCUUGUGCACUAAGCGAGAGAUUGAUUUGGAGAGAUCCAUGCACAUUGGCAUAACAAUAUCUGUAAGCUUACCUGUGUGUGUGUGUGUGUGUGUGUGUGUGUGUGUAUGCGGGUGUGUGUACGUGUUAAAGUGUUCUGUGUAUUUGCUCAAAGGCAUUGGUCUGCUUUGUAAAUGUUACGUAGGAAACAUGGUGUCUUUCUGCGCAGGUUGUAGAUGCGAAGCACUACUUGCAGUGCAAUCCAAGCCGUAGUGAAGCUCUUUGAACCGUGCAAGUAUUUGGUAGUUGUGUUUGUUGGGUGAGCAUGAGUGAGGUAGAUGGUUCGGUUGAGGUCUCUUGGCACUAUUGAUUUUUUUUUUCUGUUAGAGCUCUACAAGUGUUCUCUAUGGAUAAAUU